AUGGAUGCGGCUGCUCCGACGUUCACGUCGAUGCUGGAACACGAUGAAGUGCGGUCUGCGAGGUUUUGGCAAUGGUGCAAGGAAAACCCAUAUUUUGUUCCUCUGUGCUCAGGUGCUUUUGCCGGAGUUGCUUCGGAAACCUUGCUUUUCCCGCUUGAUUGUCUCAAAACUCGGUUACAAAGCCGGCAUGGCUUCAUAGCUGCCUGGCUUGCCUCUAUAGCGCCGAUUGGGUGGAAACACCAGCCUCAAACCACACUAAUGUUGAAACUGUGCUUUUGA